GGGUUUAAAUGACGCGUGAAGCAUAGUAUUACCAUCCAGUGUCCGACAAAAUGUUCGAACAGUCUAAUAUAUACUGUAAAACACGCUCCUACCGCUCCGACCACCAACAUGCCCCCUCCGGUCAUCAACAUCACAAUCCAUAAACUAAACACCAUGCAAUUUCGCCAUGUCGGGGCUAGCCACCCCAUCUAUCCCAGGAUCGUGGAGAUUGCAAGAGCUCUUGCCAGUCGUGAUAGCGUAGACGGUGUAGUCACCCCGGACGAGAUGCUACCCUCGCACUCAUCCUUCCUUGCUAUUUUAAAUGCUACCACCGGUGUCCUAGAACAUUCCGGUCUUCAUCUUUCCAGACUCGAUCCCUUGUCGCGCCAGAAGAUCAUAUGCUUCUCAGUUGAUCUGAAUAGUAUGAUGGUAAGGGAUGUCACCCAGGGUUCCGAGGGCAUCCCAGACUUUCCCUUACCCGCAGACGAGGGCGUGCAGAAUGCAUUGAAGAUUUUCAUAACCGAACAGGUGAAUGAGUGGAAGAAGGACGAAGAACUACGAAGGCGAGAACAAGAGACAAAGAGGGAGCAAGAACAUGAACGUCGCAAAAAGAACGCAAUCGUUUUCUUGCACCGUCUUGUGGAGUUGGACCUUGUAGAUCCAGCGGUGCUGGAAUGUGAUGCCCCCACUACUGCCUGCCCACUGUGUUCCCACGACCUUAUUCGAUGCCGCAUCUGCGGGGUACAUGCUUGCGAGAAUUCAAGUUGCAAGGCAUCUUCCAUCGUCUCCGUCGUGGGCUGCUCUUACCACGACCGAGAGUUCUUCUGCGUACCCUGCGCAACACCUCAAACUGGCCAGUGUCCAACAUGCUCUCAGUGGUAUUGCAUGGAGUCACUGAGCUGGUGUGUUGGACGUCCUGAAGGCGACGCUCAGUGGACCCCUAGACCUAAUCACACAGCAUUUGAAAUCAUCGAUCCUAUCAAAUAUCCAGAUAUUGGGGACGACCACCAGUCGACCAGCCACGAGCAUCCUCCAAGCAUCGCUCCAUGUCGAAAUUGUGUCCGCCAGGGCCUGGCUUCAGCGUGGCGUCGCUGUGGUAACGUUUACUGCUGGUCCCGCAAUCGCAAUCGCUUUCGAGACAUGGUCUGCUCAGACUGCGAACCAGGAGGGCGGACAUGCGCAUGUUCACGGACAUGGUUAUGUGGACUCUGCACAGCUGACCCAUCCGGGACGUCGUUCAUCGAAUGCCCAAGCUGCACAGUCGUGUAUUGCCAGGACUGGUGCGCAUACAUCCAGAGUUGUACAGUUUGCAGUAGGACAAGGCUCUGUGAUGACUGCAUCGAAGAGGAAAACAAUACAGAGCUCCAGUUCCCGUGUCCACGGUUUACUGAGAAGUGUGGGAUAUGCCGUCGUCAUAUCUGCGAUGACUGCGUACCCCGCUUAUCGAGGUGCUCCAGUUGUGAUCGCUGCUACUGUCAUCGGUGUAGAUGGACUGAAGCAGCACACUCAUGCAAAACUUGCGCGUCCCCCAUGUGCAGGGAUUGUACAAGAAACUGGGAUGAUUGUCGGCGGUGCAUAGAUGCAAAAUAUCCAGGUUACAAGGGACAUCGUGCUAGCAGUCUUGUGAUGUUUCCACCUUUGUACUGAUGAAAAAGUUUGAUGCCAGUAGGAAGAAUGCUAGUAGGGCGGCCAAGAGCUAGAUGUUGCAUAAGCAUGGAGCGACAGGAAAUGAACCGUAAAUAUACGAUUUCACGGUUGAAAUACCUUCUAUGCAUGUAUUUUGACGCAACUUAUCAUUUACGACAUUUACCCUUGGCAAGGUAAAUUUCGUCGUUUGAAUCGACUUAUCAUUUCAGGCUCACCAACACUUUCGAACGAAAACAA